AUGGUUUCUGAAAAGAUGAAGGAUUAUGAUCCAGAGAAGGAGCUAAGAGAGGCAUUCGCUGUUUUCGAUAUAAAUGGAGAUGGUAAAAAACAGAACCCAGACGGACCAAAGAAUGAGACAGAAACUCAAGAAGAAGCGGUAGAAAUAAAUGGGGACGAGGACGCAGAAUCAUCUGAUGAUAGUGAUGAUGAUGAUGACGAAAGAUACACUCUAACAGCGGAACAGAGGAAAAACUUAAAGCUACAGAAGGAUACGUACAGAGCAAUGCGUGAUGUGUUUCGAACAUUAGACGUGGAUGGUAGUGGUUCACUAGAGAUAACAGAACUUGAAACUGCAAUGAAAUCUAUGGGUGUUGACUACUCAGAAAAAGAUAUGACUAAUCUCAUCAAACAGAUGGAUGCUGACGGCAAUGGAUCCGUUGACUUUUUCGAGUUUUGUGGUAUGGUUUCUGAAAAGAUGAAGGAUUAUGAUCCAGAGAAGGAGCUAAGAGAGGCAUUCGCUGUUUUCGAUAUAAAUGGAGAUGGAAGAAUCAGUAAGGAAGAAAUCCAGUCUGUUGUUGAAUCUCUUGGUGGAAAAAUGUCACAGGAAGAGGUAGACAGUAUGCUUAGAGAGGCUGAUGAUAACAGUGACGGCUACCUUGAUUAUGAAGAGUUUGUAAAGAUAUGGAUGGGUGAGACAUCUGUGGAUAAAAACGUGAACAGCGAAUCAACGGAUGGAAAUGACAAUACAGAAUGUUCGGAUACUGAUAAAUCAAAGCCAGAAUUACUGACAGUUCCUUAACAACUGAUUAUAGUUGUUCUUUUUUGGUUUCUUUUCUCUUCGAAUGAUUUCAAUAAUUAUGAGAAACUAAUCUGUACUGUUCAAUUAAGUUAACAAUCGUUCAAGAAACAUUUAUAUCUGGUCAGUUGUCCGGAAAAUCGAAGUUGCGUAUGUUUUUAUUGUCUUUAUAUUGAACUUGAGCAUUAUUAUAAGAAUAAUCAUAUCAUCAAAGAUAUAUUUUCCGAACAUUUCUUCUGAGAUCACUAAUAUUGAAUACUUUAAUGAUUUGUAAGAACAUAAUACUGCCUUUUACAGUGUACAUGUACUUGUUAUAAAUGAAGGUUAUGUAUAAGAAUCAUGAAAUUGCAUAAAUUGUUUAAAUAUUUCUUUAUGAGAAUAUAUCUUUUCUUACACGGAUUGGGUGGAUUUUCAAAUUUCAAAUUUAAAAAAUUAUUCCACAGUUCCGUAACAUGGAUUAUAUUAUGUAUAACCAUUGUUUAAAUUAUCUGAACAUUAGAUUGUAUGUUAAAUCGCAACUAUGUUUGUACUAAGUAGUUCGAAUAGAUUUUUCUAUGGACAUGUUUCUUCAGAUUUUAUCAUCAUCAUCAUAGAAUCAAUAACACAUCUAGUAAUAAUGUUUCAUUUAGUGUUUGUUCGAAGUGUAAAAUAUAUUGACAUUUUGAUACGAAAAUAUUGCCCUUUUAGAAAAAAUAUAACUUUUAAUUUGACAUUUGAAUUUAUGCCUAGUUUUCCUAUUGUCAUCGAUUUCAAUUAUUUAAUAUGCUGUUUAAUUGUUAUGUGUCAAGAAAACACUUUAACAGCUUUGUCGAUCUGUCGAUAUUCGCAGCAGCUAUGGGCGAUACUUCAAAUACAAUUUGUAUAUGUUCUUGGAGCCAAAACAAAUAUGUUAAAGGCAGUGUGGAAAUAAUUUAUUUCAGGGAAUAAACAGAAAAAGUACA